AAUGUUACGAGCUCAGAAAGUCGCCGGGGAAUGACGUCACAGGCGUAUCCGAAUAAUGACGCUGUUUGAUCAUUGUAAAAACCCGCCGUUAAAAAUGAGAAUUAGGUCAGGGAGCUAAUGCAGCACCAAUUGUAACAACCGUCUUUUUAUUAAUGGACCCUUCCGCGACGCUUACCGGGACACACAACCUGUUCGGAAGAGGGUGAUAUGCGCGGUGUUGUCAGCAUCUGCAGACGGGAGUCGGGAGCAGUUAAACCGGUCCGUUUGUGCGCGUGCCUCCCGCCGUCUGGUCGAAGACACCGACGGUCUAGCCCGGUGAACGUCCGCGUUACGGUGCGUACCGGCCCGGAUGGCGCUGAAUAGUUAGCGGCUGGGAAGGGCAGACAACGACAGACAGCUGCACAGACGCCGGGAGCUGCUCUGGGGACACCCAGGAAAUCAGUCCUCGCCUCGCCUGGAUAGCCAGGCAGCAACACGGUGUACGUUGGUGUAGUUGCACCAUUUGACAAGUUUUGGUAUUUGAAUAUGGCCUCCAUAGACAUGUGAGACUCAAACUCUUCUGUCAGAGACUAAUAACCCCGGAUAGAAGUUUGCACAAUUUGAUGAUGUCAAGCCGCAGAAAAUCUACAACGCCUUGCAUGGUGCUGCCCUCUGACGUGGUGGAGCGGCUAGCUUCUGAUGAGCUGGAGGAGAUCACUGAAAGGACAAAGGAAGACGGCGUUGAUGGGGCGGAGGAGACAGCAGACGGGUUUCCAACAGCAGAGGAACUGGAUCAGACAGUAGUGGUCGUCCCUACCCCACCGGAUGCUGGUGAGUCGAACAACAUAGAGGACAAAGAUGCGCUCACUGCAUCACAAAGGUGUAGCACCACAAACCCCCCGGAGAGUCAAAGCAGCGACCAGCUGACCCAGGAUCAGCAGUGUGACACGGCUGAGGAAGUAGCAGAUGCCACAACUGUCGCUGCCAUCUCUCUCAGCAAGACCCCCAUCAUGAGGAUGAAGACCAAAUCGGAACCCAAGAGAAUCGCCGUCUCCCUUAAAGCGUCAGAUGAAGCAGUGGAGUGCUUCGAAGGAGGCGGCGAGGCCGAGGUGGGAGGAGAGCAGUUGCCGAUCGAAGCUCCUCUGGGGCCCAUGGCGUCUAUGGAGAUGCUGCUGCAUGAUUCCAUGAAGCUCGGAGGAGGCAACCUAGUGGUCAGUCAAGCCUCGGAGCAGCCGAGGAAGUCAUCCAUUUUAAAUCCCACCGUUAUUCCUCCUGGCUUGGCACAGGUGCUUUCUGCUUUCCAGGCCCAGCAGAAUACAGCAGCUCAAUCCCAACUCCUGAUUCCUCUGAGCAGCAUCCCUUCUUACAGCGCAGCUAUGGACACUAACCCUCUGCUGGGCAGCACCUACAAGAAGUUCCCCUACCCCUCAAUGGCUGAGAUCAACAGUCUGGCAGGGCAGACACAGUUCACAGAGGAGCAGAUUAAGGUUUGGUUCUCUGCCCAGCGGCUGAAGCACGGCGUCAGCUGGACCCCAGAGGAAGUCGAAGAGGCCAGGAGGAAACAGUUCAACGGCACCGUGCACACCGUGCCUCAAACCAUUACUGUCAUACCCGCUCACCAACUAUCUGCUGCCGCCAACGGCCUGCAGUCCAUUCUUCAGACCUGCCAGAUAGUGGGCCAGCCUGGCUUGGUGUUCACACAGGUGGGUACGGGAGGGAACCUCCCAGUGACCAAUCCCAUCACCCUGACAGUGGCAGGUCUGCCCAGUCAGUCCCAGAGUUCCAGCAGAGUUUCCUGCCAGUCAACCCCAACAAACAGUGAGCUUAAGCGGGCUACCACUGUUCAGCCCCCCUCUCUCUCGCCACAGGAGAACUCAGCCCUGAAUGCAGACACAUUCAGCAUGCGGCCGAAGAAGUCCAAAGAGCAGCUGGCUGAAUUGAAAGCCAGCUACCUUAAAAACCAUUUUGUCAGCGAUGCGGAGAUUGCCCGCUUGAUGAAGAUCACCAAUCUGACGAAGGGGGAGAUCAAAAAAUGGUUCAGUGACACCAGGUACAACCAACGCAACUCUAAGAACAAUGUCAUCGUUUUCCACGACGGAGGUGGCAGAGGAGGCGCCGGCUGUAGCAGCAGCAGCGCUAGCACCACCAUUGUCAUUGACUCAAGCGACGAAACACCUUCAUCCCCGCAUCGUCCCCGCACCCCCCCUGCGAGGGAGAAGGAGACACGGCCCAAGACGUGGAAUCCCUUUCCCGACUUCACCCUGCAGAAGUUCAAAGAGAAGACGCCGGAGCAACUGGUUGUGCUGGAGGAGAGCUUUGAAAAGAGCAGCACUCCGUCAGAUGAAGAGCUGAGCCGGCUGAGAACAGAGACAAAACUGACACGCAGGGAGAUUGACGCCUGGUUCACAGAGAGACGGAAAAUGCAGUCAGUCAGCACGCCCUCCCCAGAUUCUUCAGAAGGAGGACGAAUGGACACGAGCGGAUUGAACGCCGGAGAAGCCGGGGCUUCUUCUCGCUCUGCCUCCACCUCUCGUAAAGGUAGUCAAACUCCACCCGGCGGGCGCAGCAAGCAGAUGCCAACCAGCAGCGGCAGAGACAUCAAAGAUAAGACGAAAAAGACUCCGGAGCAGCUCCAUAUUCUUAAAAGUGCCUUUGUGCGAAGUCAGUGGCCCACAACGGAGGAAUACGACCAGCUAGUGGAGCAAAGUGGGCUCCCCCGACCGUACAUCGUAAGCUGGUUUGGGGAUUCUCGGUACUCGUGGAAGAACGGGAACCUUAAGUGGUUCUUUCAGUAUCAGAGUGGCAAUGUGGAGGGCCCAAAUGGUGGGGGGAGCAACAAGUUAGGUGGUCGAAAAAGACGUGUCCGAAAUCGCGGCUGGGGGAGAUCUCGAACCCGAAAGCAGCCAAGGCGGUCCGGCUCAUUUAGUUCAGACUUGGACAGAUGCCCCCCGCCGAAGAAAUUCAAGAGUGGGCGGGACAUCCUGAAGGAGUACUACCUGAAGCACCGCUUCCUCAGUGAGCAGGACCUGGAUGAGCUCGUCACCAAGACCAACAUGAGCUACGAACGGGUGAGGGAGUGGUUCGCUGAGGUCCAGAGACGGCUGGAUAUGGGGGCAGACCCCUUCCAGGAGCCGACUUUGGUGAUGGCGGACGGAGUAGAGGGGACACGCGGCCUCCAGAAGGAGGCGUCGAGCGCCAACAAGGAACAAGACGCAGGAAUGGGAGAGGAGGAUGAAGAGGAUGACGACGACGACGACGACGAGCACGACGAAGAGGAUACAGAUGACAGUGAGGUUUGGGAGCCGUCACGCAGUGUGAGGAAGUCCUUGUCAGUAUCCGAGGACUAGGCUUUUACGGAAUGUUACUCGCUGUUCCGACCCAGUCGGUGUGCACCGACGCUCAGAGGUAACAAAUGUUAUCUUCGUGAUUGACGAUGAGCUUUAUCUCCCAGUCUGACAACAUUCAAGCGACGUCUUACAACAGAGAGGAACGUUCGCAGACGUCGAUAAUUUAAAAAAGCAAAUGGAAUUUCUUAAAAGGAACACGGUGAGAUACAAUGGCUAGCCCCCCCCAAUGUAAACCCCUCACUAAAUACAAUGCUGCAUUUCUUUAAGAAUUGUUUUUACACGUUUUGAGCACAAGCCCAAAUUCGAAUUUCAAUCACCAAUGAAUGUUUGCCCCUUUUUUCCCUACAAAAUGAAAUGUGACUGUGUUUACAAGGUGCUCUUAAGCUUGCCCUGACGUCAAAACCAUGUAUAGCAUACCUGGUGGGAGGCUUUUUAUCACAGUAUGUAUUGCUUCUUUUAAAGCAACACACACCUUAACGAGAAUGGAUGCGUUUACAUACACUAGAUGAAUCCUGAAAAUCCAUCACAGAUAAAGGCCUAAUGCAACAUGAGCCAAAGUACAUUAACACAGAGUGAAUGCCAAUGUUUUUUGUUGAAGGAUGUCUAUUCAAAGUCUUCCCUUGACGGUGGUUAAUAUUCUACAUUAUAUCUUAACACAGAAAGAAAGAUCUUGAUGAGAAAAUGUAUGUUUAAUAUGCACUGCGAUUGACAUUUUUGCACCUUUUUGAUACAACAAGCUCAAUGCUGUUGUUUCCUUUUUUUUAUAUAUACGACGGUUCAAAGAGUUUUGAGUUGUGCCAAACGCGAAUGUGUUUCCGGACUUGCAAGGCAGGCCUGUUGGCCCCGCCCCCCAAAACAAACAGUGUUGUUGCAGCCGUGUUUGUGGUGUAAACGUACUGCCAAACGCCGGCUGCAUCUCCAUCAGCAACAAAAAUCAUGACUAAACAAAACCAGUCUGAUCUAUUUGGUCUAGAAAAACUGUCAAAACGGUAUUUUAGACAUUUCAAAUCAUGAAGCACCUGAACUAAACUUGCUUAAAAUGCACUUUGUUUUUCCACAUAGUGGAUUAAAUUAUUCAUUUGGCACCUUAUUCGCUUAAUGUAUCAUGAAAUGGCUCUGAGGGUCAAUGUUUUCUUAAAUACUAAACCAGUAUUUUGCCUUUAAAAAAAAAAAAGCAAUCAUGAAUAGGUUUUCCCUAAGGAGGACUCGUACCAGUUUAUCCACUUUUGUAAUAUGUAAAUUUUUUGAAAGUUGGAUGUUUAUAUGGCUCGGUGGAAUCAGCUGACACUUUUUUUUUUUUUGCUUUAUUGCACAGUUUGAGCCACAUAUUGAAUACUUUUGGUAACACAUGUGGUCGAAAAAGGUUUUGUAUUGUUUCAAAUCAUGAGAAUUGUGGUCCUUUUUGAGCGUUAUCCUCCAAGUCUGUUGUUUUUUCUCAAAGUGGACACAUAAGGACAUUCACGGAUUAUUACUUUCUUGAAAGAAACAACACCAACUGCCGUUCUUUCAACCAUGGCUAAGACAUCGGACCCACAAACCUUGACUGUUGUUACCUUUUGCAGACAUAUACUGUACCUACAUGUGCCUCUAUGGCUUCUGGUCUUGUUUCAAGACAAUUCCACCAUCUCAUCACAAACCACUGAAGGUAGCCUUGUUCAAACCAAGUGGUGAUGCAUGACCAAGCUCUGCUUUCUGCUGACACGACAAAUGCCUGUCCUGAAGUUAACGUUGAAGACCUCUGUCCUUAACCCCCAGGUUGAACCUCAGUGUUCUGACAUGUUUUCUUGUCAUUUGCCACCAUGUACUUGUCGUUCAUUCUCUGUUAGCACCUUUUAGUAAUCUCAAAGCAUUUUCAGCCUGCCUGGCUCGCUGAUUGCAAAUGAAUGAAAGCGGAAUCACAUUUGUGGUAAUGUGACUAAAGUAAGUGCCUGGGCAUGAAAAAGAACAAGAUGUUAUACCUUACAUACAUGUUAUACCUACCGUUUAUACCGUUUUUUGUCUAAUACUGCAUGCAAUAAGUAUGUCGAACAACUUCUCAUUAUGUACAUACAAUUUGUUGGCUGGCUUGGGAUACUUGGAACGGCGGCUCAAUAAUGUGGUGUAACUUUUACAAGUUAAAGUCAGCAGUCGGCACCAUUUUGAUUGCGGCCAUGAAUUGUUUCGUUUUUUUUUUCCAAAAUUAUCACCUGCACAAGCAGCCUCGUCAUUUACUUAGAACAGUUUAUUACUUCAAUCGUUGUCAUUACUAUUACAAUUUUUUUUUUUCUGCUGCACAUUCUGCUUAUUUUAGCCCACAGAGUAUAGCGAGGCCUAAACCCCUGAAGUAUUUCACUGUUGUCUGUAUGCUUGGAAAAAGGUGGGCUAUGUGUGGUAGAACCGAGAUGGGGGAAAAAAAAAACCUACUGUUACAAAAGUACACAGGUACGUGAUGAGUGUUUGGAACAUGUAUCCUUUUGUUUGACUUGUUUCCAUGGGUGUGAUAAAAGUGCUAUGUCCUCUCAA